AUGGGAGCUUUCUCAGUUGCCGGGCUGGGUGGAGGUGGAGUAAUUAUUCCCUUCUCUAUGAUCUUCUUUGAUUUCAAUACUAAAGAUGCAAUAGCAAUAAGCAACUUCGGUAUCUUCACUGGUGCGAUUUCUAGGUAUAUCUACAGCUUAGAUAAAAAGCACCCUGAGAAAGAAAAUGCCGUCAUUAUUGAUUACAAUUUAGCUAUUCUAAUGCUCCCAACAGUAAUGAUGGGAUCACUAAUUGGUGUUUAUUUUAACAUCAUGCUGCCAUCUAUUUUGCUAUCGGGUAUAUUAACAAUUCUUCAGUUGUUUAUAGGAUUUCAAAGUCUUAUGAAGGGUAGAGAGAUGUAUAAAAAAGAGACUUUAAAGUUCCAGCAAUAAAGAUUGAUUUAAUAGAAAAAUCAAUCCACUGAAUAGGAAACAUUACAGCCAUUGAAUCGAAAUGAAUAAUAAAGUCCUAAUAAAAUUGAAAAUACAAAUACAAACUAUGACAAGAAAGUCUUAAACUUUGAGAUUGAAUAACAAGUUGACUAUCCAAUGAUAGAUCGUGAUUAAAAAGACAGCAAAGUUUCGCAAUUGGAAUUGAGGAAACUAGAAAAAAUUCUAGCAAGUGAAAAGACUAAUUUCUAAUGGGAGAAACAUAUUCUUUGCUUUAUGAUAUUUAUUUUGGUUCUCUGUACAAAUCUAUUAAGAGGAAACAAAAAUGUUCCUUCUAUUGUUGGAGUUGAAAGAUGUGGGCCUAUCGACUUCAUUAUUUUACUUUCUUUCUUCAUUGUGUGUGGCUUAAUCACAGUAUGUGCCUUAAAAAUUGUGAGAUUCCAAUAAAUCCUGAAAAUCAAGUACAACAUUCCAAUUCAUGAGAGUGAAAUAUAGUUUUCUCAAAUCAAUACUUUUAAGAUUAUUUUGAUUUCUUUCAUAGGAGGUUGGGUUUCAGGAGCCUUAGGAAUUGGUGGUGGUGGCAUAAUUAAUCCAGUCUUGAUUAGUCUUGGAACUCCACCAUCUGUGGCAACAUCUACUAGCAUGUAUAUGAUUAUAUUUUCAUCAGCUGGUUCAACAGCAACUUAUCUUAUUAAUGGUUACAUAAACUUGCCAUAUGCUCUUUGGGUUGGCAUCCUAGGUUCUAUUGGGGCCGCGGGUGGUCUUGCUCUAUUUGAUAAAUUUACGAAGAAAUAUAAUAGACAAUCCUUAAUAGUCUUUGUUUUAUGUGGAGUUAUGAUUUUAACUGCUUUUAUUGUUCCAAUAUUCAGUGGGCUUGAAAUAUAUUAAAAACUAUAAAGAGGUGAAAGUAUAUUUAUAUUCAAGUCACUUUGUUAUUGA